UUUUCUACUCAUCGUCUUCAGAUCUUAUCACUUUCUUCCCCGAGAAAAUUUUUGCCCUAAAAUCACUUUCCCGGGAAAAAUCAAAAAAGAAAACAAGAAAACUGGAAAAAAUGUCACAAGGCGAUACAGUACCGCUUCAUCCAUCAUCUCAAUCAGACAUCGACGAGAUCGAGAAUCUCAUCAACGAAAGCAUUCAAUCAGGUCCCGGAACCGUCCUCGCCGCUCGUCCACCGAGCCCAACCAGACCUUCGAUUCCAGUUUCUUCUUCUCCGUUUAUGCAAUCGAAUCUUCCACCGCUUCCUCCUUCUUCAUCAGCUCAGAAAGUGACACCUGUCCCCGUUCCUCCGCCUCUUCCGGUUGUAAGUAAUUCCAGCAAUUCUCAAGGAGGCUCACAGGGGAUUGGAGCGAGUGGUUUUGGAUCUCCGCCUAAUACGUUGACGGAGCCUGUGUGGGAUACUGUGAAGCGAGAUCUGUCUCGGAUCGUGAGUAAUUUGAAGCUUGUUGUGUUUCCUAAUCCGUAUAGGGAAGAUCCUGGGAAGGCGCUUAGAGAUUGGGAUCUUUGGGGUCCCUUCUUCUUCAUUGUCUUCUUGGGAUUGACUCUUUCGUGGUCAGCUUCCGUUAAGAAGUCCGAGGUAUUUGCAGUGGCAUUUGCACUACUAGCAGCAGGGGCAGUGAUCCUUACACUAAACGUGCUUCUCCUGGGUGGACAUAUAAUCUUCUUCCAAAGCCUGAGUCUUCUAGGUUACUGUCUAUUUCCGCUAGACGUUGGAGCCGUGGUCUGUAUGUUGAAAGACAAUGUGAUACUGAAAAUGGUAGUUGUAUCUGUAACACUUGCCUGGAGCUCUUGGGCUGCUUACCCGUUCAUGAGCUCGGCUGUUAACCCGAGAAGAAAAGCACUCGCUCUAUACCCCGUUUUCCUUAUGUAUGUGUCAGUCGGUUUCCUCAUCAUCGCCAUUAAUUGAAUCCAAUUUUGAAGAAAAAGAAAGAAAUCAUCACGGGUAUUCAUGGGAAUCAGCUUGGAUAGAAAUUUUACAUACAUACACACACCAACAAUUCUGAGUUCUAAUGGUCAUAUGUAUAAACAUGUUCUUUGACCUUUUUUCUGGUUUUGGCUAAAGAAAUCUCCAUUUGUAUGUCCCUGGCUCACAUUUAUCUUCUUGGACAUGAAUACAAAUUUUUUACCAAGAUAA